AUGUCGGGCAAUUACUCGGCCCGGUGCGAGCCCGGGCUCAUGGUACCGGUGUGGUACCCUACCGAGAACCUCGAGCUAACGGACGUGGUGUUCCGGGGCACGGUGUACUUUUUGUCGAUGAUGUACCUGUUUAUCGGCGUGAGCAUCAUAUCCGACCGGUUCAUGGCCGCGAUCGAGGUGAUCACAUCGAAGGAGAAGGAACUCGUGGUGAAGCGCCCGGGCAAGGAGCCCCAGAUCGUGAUAGUGCGCGUGUGGAACGAGACCGUGGCCAACUUGACCCUCAUGGCCCUCGGGAGCAGCGCACCCGAGAUAUUGUUGUCCAUCAUCGAGAUCUACGCAAAAAACUUCCAAGCCGGGGAACUCGGGCCGGGCACGAUAGUCGGCUCGGCCGCCUACAACCUCUUUGUCAUCAUAUCCCUGUGCGUCUUUGUCAUACCUAACGGCGAAGUCCGGAAGAUCAAGCACCUACGGGUGUUCUUCGUCACAGCGACCUGGAGCAUAUUCGCCUACGUGUGGAUGUACUACAUCCUUGCGGUGAGCAGUCCCGGGGUCCUCGAGGUCUGGGAGGGCCUGUUGACCUUCAGCUUUUUCCCGGCCACGGUGCUCACGGCUUACAUAGCCGACCGCAGGCUGCUGAUCUACAAGUACCUGCACAAGGGCUACCGGAUGAACAAGCGCGGGGUGAUCGUCGAGGCCGAGGCGAGGAGCGACUCGGACAACGGGGUCGAGCUCGAGAUCAAGGCCAUCGAGUCUCAGCCGACGAUACGCCGGGGGCACAACGGCUCGAUCGAGAGGUACGCCGAGGCGAUAGACGACACCCCCGAGUCCCGGGAGUUCGAGCAGACGCGCCGGGACUACAUACGCACGCUCAAGGAGUUGCGCAAGAGGCAUCCCCAGUUGGCCCUCGAGCAGCUCGAGGUGAUGGCCCACGAGGAGGUGUUGGGCAAGGGCCCGAAGAGCCGGGCGUUCUAUAGGGUGCAGGCGACGCGGAAGAUGGUCGGGGCGGGCAACCUCAGCCGGAAGAUCAGCGAGCGGGCCCAGAGCGAUUUGAGCGAGGUGAAGGCCGAGCUGCAGCGGGCCGAGGCCGAAAGCGUUGACAUCGACAACAUCAACGCGACGAGGGUCUACUUCGAGCCGGGGCAUUACACGGUCAUGGAGAACGUGGGGACGUUCGAGGUUGGGGUCACUCGGGUGGGGGGCGAUUUGAACAGGCCCUGCACGGUGGACUACAGUACCGAGGAUGGAACGGCCGAGGCUGGCUCGGACUACGUCAGCGUGAGGGGUACCCUCAAGUUCGAGCCCGGCGAGACGAGGAAGACCAUCAAGCUGUCCGUCAUCGACGACGAGCUCUUCGAGGAGGAUGAGCACUUUUACGUCAGACUGACCAACUGCUCGCAACCGGCGAUGCUGGCGUCGCCGAGUCUGGCGACGGUGAUGAUCCUCGACGACGACCACAGCGGCAUCUUCGGCUUCCCGGAGCGCGACUACGAGCUCGUCGAGAGCAUCGGCCAUUUCCACCUCAAAGUCAUACGGUACAGCGGCGCCCGGGGCCGCGUGGUCAUUGGAUUCAGGACCGUCGAGGGUACCGCCAAACCCGGCAAGCAGUACGUCCACGCCGAGGACAGUAUCACCUUCGAGGACAACCAGACCGAAAAAAUCAUCGAGUUGGGGAUCAUCGAGGAGGACUCUUACGAAAAGGAUGCCCUAUUCUACGUCGAACUAAGCCAUCCGCAACUGCAAGGAGCCGAGGCAGGACUGGCAGCGGCAGCGGAGAUGAAGGCACCGGAGGAGCGGACCGAAGAGGAAAAAAUGGCACUGCUGGGCAGGCCGAGGCUCGGCGACAUUGCCCGCGCUCAGAUCAGGAUCAAGGAGUCCAAGGAGUUCAAGAAUACCGUGGACAAGCUCGUGCAGAGAGCCAACGCGUCGCUCAUACUGGGAACGAGCUCGUGGAAGGAGCAGUUCACGGAAGCGUUGACGGUGAGCGGUGGUGACGACGACGAGGAGGGAGGCGCCGAGGAGGGUGCUGACGCUCCGGCCAGGCCUCCUUCGUCGCCUUCGGUUGGCGACUACCUCAUGCACUUCAUCACGAUCUUCUGGAAGGUCCUAUUUGCUUUUGUACCACCCACCGAUAUCGCUGGUGGGUACAUCUGCUUCAUAGUGAGCAUCUUCGGGAUCGGUGUGGUGACGGCCAUCAUCGGCGACGUGGCCUCCUACUUUGGCUGCACCCUCGGUAUCAAGGACUCCGUCACAGCCAUUCUGUUCGUCGCCCUUGGCACCAGUAUACCCGACACGUUCGCGAGCAAGGUGGCCGCCUGCCAGGACAAGUACGCGGACGCGAGCGUCGGCAACGUGACCGGAAGCAACGCGGUUAAUGUCUUCCUGGGCAUUGGCAUCGCGUGGAGCAUCGCUGCCAUGUACCACGCCUACCACGGCAAUACGUUCGAAGUCGAGCCCGGCAGCCUGGCAUUCUCGGUGACGCUCUUCUGCACGGAGGCAAGCGUGGUGAUAAUCGUGCUGAUGAUCAGGCGGACGCCUUCGAUCGGCGGCGAGUUGGGCGGGCCCAAGGUGCCAAAGUACAUCACCUCCAUCUUCCUGUUCUCGCUCUGGAUCUUCUACCUGGUGAUGUCGAGCCUCGAGGCCUACGGCGUCAUUCAGGGCUUCUAAGCGGCUCCGCGUACCACAUCGAUUUCGCAAUCAACGUGUACCAACGGACGGCACAUCUGUGUCUUUGUGUGUGUGUGUGUGUGUGUGUGUGUGUGUGCACGUGUCUCAGUGUGCGACGACUCGCACCGUUCAGGCCUAUUGUGUGACGUAUAUUUAUAACGAGCCCGCACUCGCGCAGGGCCCACCCAUACGGUACUUGUAUGCACAUACGCAUCAUAAUUAGAAUACGAGAGUACGACGAGGGCUUCUGCUUCGAGUUUCAUCGAUUCGACGCGGCGAGUGUUUUUGCGGACAACUUAGUGCGGACGCCUCUAGCGAGUGUCUGACUGUACUUAAGAUUACUUUAAUAAUAUCGUAGCUUAAACGUAAACUAGCGUAACGUAAAAUGCGUGUGAACUAGAACAAAAAGAAUGCAUUCUUAUACUAAAUAAAUGUGCGUGGGUGUAUGGCGAGUCAAAUGUGUGAAAUACAGAAUAUUACGGGAUUUGCCUUAAGUCGA